CAUCCUGAUGCUGACGAGGCAGAGAAGAGUCUCUCCAGAUCAGAACACCAGAUGGACAACGCUAGCCCUUCCUCUCUCCCGGAGUCCCCGUGUCGUGCCUCUCCCGGUAUUGGCUUACUGUUGGGUAGGAAGAGGUUGUCUGUGCUGCUGGUGGACUGCAGGAAAACAACGGGGCUGAGUGGAACUGUGAGAGGAGGAGAAGAGAAGAAAGGAUCAGAUUUGACUCAUCAAAGAGAAAGACCAGAUUCAGAGGAACCAGAGCCAGGGACGUCCAAACCAGCAAGAAGACACCAGUGCUCUUACUGUGGAAAGUGUUUUAAGCGGUUAGGGAACCUGAAACGGCACGGGCUAGUACACACAGGGGAGAAGCCAUACCACUGCUCCCAGUGUGGAAAGUGUUUCAGCCGGUCAGGGCAUCUGAAAAAACAUGAAAGAAUACACACAGGGGAGAAGCUUUUCUACUGCUCCCAGUGUGGCAAGCGUUUCAGCCAGUCAAGGGAUCUGAAAAAACAUGAUAGAAUACACACAGGGGAGAAGCCUUUCUACUGCUCCCAGUGUGGCAAGCGUUUCAGCCAGUCAGGGCAUCUGAAAAACCAUGAGAGAAGACACACAGGAGAGAAGCCUUACCACUGCUCCCAGUGUGGCAAGUGUUUCACCCAGUCAGGGGAUCUGAAAAAACAUGAAAGAAUACACACAGGGGAGAAGCCUUUCUACUGCUCCCAGUGUGGCAAGCGUUUCAGCCAGUCAAGGGAUCUGAAAAACCAUGAGAGAAGACACACAGGGGAGAAGCCUUUCUACUGCUCCCAGUGUGGCAAGCGUUUCAGCCAGUCAGGGGAUCUGAAAAACCAUGAGAGAAGACACACAGGGGAGAAGCCUUACCACUGCUCCCAGUGUGGCAAGUGUUUCACCCAGUCAGGGGAUCUGAAAAAACAUGAAAGAAUACACACAGGGGAUAAGCCUUACCACUGCUCCCAGUGUGGCAAGUGUUUCAGCCAGUCAGGGGAUCUGAAAAAACAUGAUAGAAUACACACAGGGGAGAAGCCUUACCACUGCUCCCACUGCGGAAAGGGUUUUAACCGGUUAGGGACCCUGAAACAGCAUGAGAGAAGACACACAGGGGAGAAGCCUUACCACUGCUCCCAGUGUGGCAAGUGUUUCACCCAGUCAGGGGAUCUGAAAAGACAUGAAAGAAUACACACAGGGGAGAAGCCUUACCACUGCUCCCAGUGUGGCAAGUGUUUUAACCGGUCAGGGAGCCUGAAAGAACAUGAGAGAAUACACGCAGGAGAGAAGCCUUAACACUGCUCCCAGUGUGGAAGGAGUUUUAACCAGAAAAACAGCCUGAACCAACAUGAGAAAAUACACAGAGGUGAGAUGCAUUACCACUCCUCCCAGGGUGCAAAGCAUUUGCCCAUUUAGGAAGCCUGAAAGAGCAUGACACAGAGGAGAAGGCUUUACAGAAGAUUAGAUUUUGGGAAAACAUAGUACUCAAUCACUUAAACGUCAUUAGAGAAUCCACACAGGAGAGAGUAAUUACUUCUCUUAGCGUGUAUAUAUUUCACAUCUCAUUUUUCUUACAAUUCAUCAGAGAACAUACACAGUGCUCCCAAUGUCUUAUAUUGUUGCCUUAUACAGUGCCUUGCGAAAGUAUUCGGCCCCCUUGAACUUUGUGACCUUUUGCCACAUUUGAGGCU